AUGCUUAAACAGAUUAGACUGCUUGGAAGGGCCACCCGAGUAAGCCCUCGAUGCUAUUCCACACAAACAGCAUCUCCAAAUGUGUGGGUUGUCACUGAUGGUGGCAUCGAAAGUUCUUUGCAAGCUGUAGCACUAGGAAAGCAGCUAUCAGGAUCCGGCAAACCCAAGGUCAAAACUGUGGUAGCUAGCAAAAAAUUGCAAAUGUUUCCUGCCAUCAUUCAGAAAUACCUCAUUGAGUACAGCGCAUCAAAACACAAAGGCACAUUGAGCAAAUUGCCAUGGUAUUUGACAGCAAAAGAUGAAUCGUUUGAUGAAGCCAAGCCGGAUUACGUUAUUACAAGUGGACAAGAUGCCGUGCCUGCCUGUCUUUACCUGACGAAUGCAGACCAAAACAAGAAAUGCUUUUCGGUCUAUGUGGGGUAUCCCAAUAUACCAUUCAUCAAUUUUGAUCAAGUUGUAUUACCGAAAUACGAAGCCAAUGCGAAAAUGGCUGCUCUUGGUCCACUCGCAAGGCAAAAGAAUGGCAUUAUCACACCAGCACCCUUACUAGAUACAACACCCACUACAUACAAACAACUGGAUCAAAUGAUACCGGCCACAUUUAGCCAAGGAUUUACAACGGUGGUUGUAGGUGGGCACUCUCCGAAUUGCCGCUGGUAUUCGGAAGAUGCAGUUAACCUAGCUGAUAACAUCAAGCGCAUGGUCAAGAACCUCAAUGACAAGGUAGUGGUCGUGUAUACAGACAGAACACCUCCGCUAGUCAAAGACAAGAUGAACAAACGCUUCGCUGAAUUAGACAACACACAAGCAUCCGUAAUAACAUGGGAUUCCACGUUGGAGCCAUCCACAAUGAACAAGCUAACAUCCUAUGAAAACAUUAUACACUUCUCACAACGUGUCGUGCUGACAGCAGAUCUGGAUUAUGCCUGUGCGCAUGCUAUUUCAAAAGGGAAACCUGUCUAUGUCACAUUCGGUGGCCAAUGUAGAUCCUAUCUAUCUCACUUUUACCGUUGGAUCUAUGAUGCUCAUUUAGCCAGGAAGCUGAGACUGGAGCGUCAUAAUCACCGGUCUACAGUGGAGGAUGCCUACAGCUACCUAGGAAAUCAUGUUACGUGGGGCAAUGCGGCCAAAGUGUUUCAAAUGAAGCACACCAUGUCAUAUGUCAAGAGUGAAAUUGUGGAGAUUAGAGCUGAAAAGGUUACUGGCAAGAGAAGGAAAUAA